AUCCUAUGGGGAAGCACUGUGAUUGGAUCAGGCUUCCACAUGUCAGCGGACUGCUUGUUUUUCUGAGUCUAACAGCAUGCAGAUUUACAGCUUCUGGCUUGAAUACAGCACCAACCACAAAUACAGUAGAAGAGCCCCUUGAUCUGAUCCGGCUGAGUUUAGAUGAACGGAUAUAUGUGAAGAUGAGAAAUGAUAGAGAGCUUCGGGGACGGCUGCAUGCAUAUGAUCAGCACUUGAAUAUGAUAUUGGGGGAUGUUGAAGAAACCGUUACAACAAUAGAGAUUGACGAAGAAACAUAUGAAGAGAUUUACAAGUCAACAAAGAGGAACAUCCCAAUGCUCUUUGUCAGAGGAGAUGGUGUGGUUCUUGUAGCACCUCCUUUAAGAGUUGGCUGAUGCACUGAACAAAGAAUUGGAGUGAAACAUCAAGAUCUCUAUCUAAAUUACAGUGGCUGUAACACAUCUGGGCUUAAACGGCCAUUAAGGAGUCCUAUGUAUUAUUUUUUUGGUAUCUUUUUAUGUUUAUGGCAGAAGCAGCCUUUGCGUUUUUAUUGCAAUUUAUAAAUCAAAGUAAAAUGUUAUGUGACAGACCAUCUCAUAAAUAACAGAACAAUGGUACAGGUUUUACUGUAUAAGGAUUUAAUUUUUUUGUUUAAAAUUAAAGUAAGCAUUGGUGCUGAA